AAACAGCUCCGGGAUUUCCUCUGGAAAAUUCCCAGACUGAAAUCCCAGUCUGGGGUUGGUUCUUUCCAUUAAACCAGUCUGGGGUUGGUUGUUUCCAUUUCCAAUAUCAAAUCACAAUAAAUCACAAUCAAAAUGGGGCAUAAAUCACAAUUAGCUCAGGAUGGUCUUUGUGCACUUUCCAGCCCAAUCAGCGAGAAAGGAGAGUUAAUGAGUGGGGCAGCCUUCAUCCCUGGCUCAAGGAGAUGCCAUAAAUCAGGGUGUCAUAAAUGGGGAUGCCAUAAAUGAGGGUGUCAUAAAUGGGGAUGUGAUAAAUUGGGAUGCGAUAAAUCAGGUUUCAACGGAGACUUUGCUGACUCGGCAAAAUCCUGGCGGCCCUUGUGUCCCGCGCAGCCCCAGGCCGGUUUGGGAUGGGCGGGACCGUCAGUCCCGUCUCGUUCCACCCCUCGGGGUAUCCAGAUGUGCGGGGGGUGGGCGCCUCCAGAUGUGGCCCCUCCUCCGCACUACAACUCCCACAAUGCCCCGCGCGCGGCCCCGCCUGCACUACAACUCCCACAAUGCCCCGCGCAGCAGCAACCGCCCCGCCCGCAUCUGGCGCAUGCGCACAGCUCCAUAUGGCUCCAAGAUGGCUGACACAGCGUCCGGGAGCUCCGGCACGAGGGCGGGCAGCAAGCAGGCGGGCACCCCCGCAGACAAUUACCAGCUGGCGCGGCGCCGCACGCUGCAGGUGGUGGUGAGCUCGCUGCUGACCGAGGCCGGCUUCGAGAGCGCCGAGAAGGCGGCGGUGGAGACGCUCACCGAGAUGAUCCAGAGCUAUAUUUCAGAGAUUGGGAGGAGUGCCAAGUCCUACUGCGAGCACACAGCCAGGACCCAGCCCACGCUCUCAGACAUCGUGGUGACCCUGGUGGAGAUGGGCUUCAACGUGGAAACCCUGCCUGCCUACGCCAAGCGUUCCCAGAGGAUGGUGAUCACUGCCCCUCCAGUGACAAACCAGCCCGUGACCCCCAAAGCGCUGACAGCAGGGCAGAACAAGCCUCACCCACCCCACAUUCCCGGCCACUUCCCAGAGUUCCCAGAUCCUCACACCUACAUCAAGACCCCAACGUACCGGGAGCCGGUGUCCGAUUACCAGGUGCUGCGGGAGAAGGCGGCCUCGCAGCGCCGGGACGUGGAGAGGGCCCUCACCCGCUUCAUGGCCAAGACUGGAGAGACCCAGAGCCUCUUCAAGGACGAUGUCAGCACAUUCCCACUGAUUGCUGCCAGGCCUUUCACCGUGCCCUACCUGACAGCUCUGCUCCCCUCCGAGCUGGAGAUGCAGCAGAUGGAGGAGACGGAUUCCUCGGAGCAGGACGAGCAGACGGACACCGAGAACCUCCCGCUGCACAUGAGCACGGAGGAGGCGGGAGCCGAGAAGGAGAACACCUCAGUGCUGCAGCAGAGCAGCUCCCUGGCGGGCAGCAGGAACGGCGAGGAGAGCGUCAUCGACAACCCCUACCUGCGGCCCGUGAAGAAACCCAAAAUCCGCAGGAAGAAGUGAGGGGGGACCCCAAACCCCCGGGAUCCCCCUGGAAUUCCAGCCAGGGAGAGGGAGAGGCAGCCCGGCUCGGGGGGACCCUAAAUCCCCCCUGGAAUCACCCUGGGAAUCCCCCUGGAAUUCCAGCCAGGGAGAGGGAGAGGCAGCCUGGCUGAGGGGGGAC